CCGAAGGCGUUGUAAAGUGCGAGGAGGUCGAAUAGUUCGGAGAGGACGAAAGGUCCGAAGAUAAGUCUAAGGAGGUCGAAAAGUGAGAAGAGAUCGAGAAAUCGUGGAGAAGGAGAAGGAGGCGUAAAGUAUGAAGAGUUUGAAAAGUCCUAAAAGGUGGAAAAGUCCUAAGAGGUCCAAGAGGAUGACGAAAAGUCCGAGGAGGGGAAAAUGUCUGAAGGGGACACACAGUAUGAAGGGUUUGGAAAGUCCUAAAAGGUGGAAAAAUCCGACAAGGUCAAAAGUAAGAGGCGGUCAAAAAGUUGGAGAGGGUCGAAAAGUCCAAGGAGAGCGAAAAGUCCAAAGGGGGGGUAAUAUAGGAAGAAGUUGAAAACUCCGAAGAGAUUAAAAAGUUCGAGGAGGUCGAAAAGUGCGAGGAAUGACGAAGAGUCCGAAAAGGGAGUAAAGUCCGCAAGUAUGUUCGAGGAACUCCAAAAAUCCAAGCAGAGGUGGCACUGCUGGCGGAUCGCAAAGAUGCGCUUACCAAGCGACCCCUGGACUUUGAUCGCGAGGAGGAGACGCGCAAGGGCGAGACCAUGAAAUGGUUGGAGUCGCACUUUGGCAGCGAGUCGACAGCAUCGAACGAUUCCCGCGACGACGAGGCAACGCGGGACGUGGACGCGGAUGUAGAGCCCACGAAGAAGAGCUACUUCAAUGUGACGAUCAAGUCGCAGAGUCAACUGCCAGUGGGCGGUCACAAUGCAACUGUGCCGCUCACCCACACUUUGUCACGCAGCGCCGAACGAGAACGGGAGUGCGAAAGGGAACGCGAUCGGGAGCGAGAGAGGGAGCGCGAUAGAGAGCGAGAACGCGAACGGGAACGCUUGCCUAGCACGCUCGAUCGGAAAUAUCCAAAGGAUCCCGGGUUGGCGGGACGAGGCGGGAAGUUCUAUCAGGGCAUCUCGAACUGGGCGGAACGUCAGGAACCCGCCUCGAAUGUCAAUCACUUUUCGUCGCAGGCAUUUCGUGAGGAUCUCCAGGAGACUAUACGUCGCAACAGGCUGAAGAAGAAACUGAGUGGAGGAGGUAGAGCUCCGCCCGAUGUGGUGGCAGCCACAGCGUCAAUCGUGGCGGGUUGGGAGAACCGAGCACGCCCAACGGAGCAGCAAUUAAUCAGACAACCUAUCAGCAGUAUAAUGUGAUCGACGGACACAUCGGUGGUGUGGGCACGAACGGAUCGAUGCGUCACAGCAGCAAUGAAUCGGAUGGAUCGUUGAGCGAUCAGCAGCGACAGCGACAGCCGCUAAAGCAGGAGACAGCGCUGCGUGGCCGCUCGGCAAAUCCGCAACUCCAGCAGCAGCAGUCGCAGGAAGAGUUGAUAAGUUCGCGACAGCGUUACUAUCCCAUUUGAAACAAACUUAACAAAUGCUGUCGAAAAAAAAUUAAAGCUCUAUCUCUUAUAGUCUCUGAGAUCUAGGUGUUCAAACGGACAGAUGGACAGACAGACGGACAUGGCUAGAUCGUCUCGGCUAUUGAUGCUGAUCAAGAACAUAUAGGGUCGGACAUGCCUCGUUCUACCUGUUAUACACAUUUCCUGCCAUCACAAAGUUAUAAUACCAUUCUACCCUAUGGGUAGCGGGUAUAAAAAUUAUAAUAAACAAACAACAUAAAGUGCCAAAAUAAAUAAUGCAAAAAAAAAAAAUACUGUAAAUGUUUUUAAUUUCUUAGAAGGAAAAGGUUUUAUUAUUGUGUACAAAAUGAUUCAUAAAAGUUAAUAGAUAGGUCGAGAGACACUUAACAUGCGCAUUGCGCAUAUUACCGAUGGUUUAAGGGUUAGAUUAAACAAGUGUUAAUUGAGAAAUUAGUCAGUUGCUUUGUUGCUCUAUACAAUAUAUAUAUCAAAGUGAUAUUAAAAGUGAUGGAAUGAAUUGGCAAUUAUUAAUU